AUGAGAACCUGGAAUAACUCAGCAGUGCUCAACUUCAUCCUUAUGGGGCUGACUGACUCUGGAGAGAUGCAAUUGGCACUGUCGGUACUGUUUCUCCUGAUUUACUUGAUCACUGUGCUGGGAAACGUAGGCAUGAUCAUGAUAAUUCAACUGGAUCUCCAGCUUCACACCCCUAUGUAUUUUUUCCUCUCUCACCUUUCAUUCAUUGACCUCAGUUAUUCAAGUGUCAUCACACCUAAAACACUGGUGAACUUAGUAACUUCCACCAAGAGUAUUUCAUUCCUGGGCUGCUUCACACAGAUGUAUCUUUUUGUCUUUUUUGCUGGUGCUGAAAGUUUUCUCCUCUCUGCCAUGGAUUAUGAUCGCUAUGUGGCUAUCUGCAACCCCCUACAGUAUCCUGUUAUUAUGUCCUCAAGACAACGCUAUGCCCUGGUUACUGGCACUUAUAUGAUUGGCUUUGUGGAUUGUUCUUUCACUGUGAUUUCUAUAGCCAGGUUGCCUUUCUGCAAUUCCAGUGUAAUUCUCCACUUUUUCUUUGAUUCAUUUCCAGUAUUAUCUCUGUCCUGCCAUGAUACAUAUGCCACUGAAAUUGUAGUAUACAUUUGUGCUACUUUUACCCUAUCACUGUCCCUUAUCACAAUGUGCUGGUCCUAUGUGUCCAUUCUCUCAACUAUUCUGAAAAUUAAGUCUACUUCAGGAAAGCAGAAAGCUUUCUCCACCUGUGCCUCCCACCUACUGGGAGUGACUAUUUGUUAUAGCACUGCAGCUUUUACUUAUUUAAAGCCCAAGAAGUCCUACUCCCUGGGAAAGGAUCAAGUGGCUUCUGUGUUUUACACCAUUAUGAUCCCCAUGCUGAACCCACUCAUUUAUAGUCUUAGAAACAAGGAAGUGAUAAAUGCUUUCAUUAGGGUUGUGCAGAAGAAAUGGAGUUCAAAGCAACUAACAUGA